AUGAAGACGGUCUCCGCUGGGACCAGCGCCCGGAGGCAGCGCGCCAGUCUUGUGGCUGGGGCCCCGCGGAGCCUGGCGUGCCCGUCGCUGCUGCUCCUGUUGGAACUGGUGCUGGAGAGCACAGCAGGGACGCACUCCCUCCACUACCACUACCUCACCCUGUCGGAGCCGGGCCCUGGCCUCCCCUGGUUUCUGGCUGUAGGCUACGUGGACGACCAGCCCUUCAUGCGGUAUGACAGUCGUGUGGGCAGGGCCGAGCCCCAGGCCCCAUGGAUGGCAUCCAUGGACACCCAGUAUUGGGAGACAGAGACCCAGAAGUACAGGGCCUGGGCGGAGGUGCAGCAGGUGAACUUGUGGAUCGUGAUGAGCUACUACAACCAGAGUGGCGGCAUACACAGUGCCCAGCGCAUGUUCGGCUGUGAUAUCCAGGAGGACAGCCUCUCCAGCAGCUUCUGGCAUUUUGGCUUUGAUGGGCAGGACCAUGUGUCCCUGGACUUGGAGACUCUGAGCUGGGUGUCAGCCGAGCCUGUGGCCGUGCAGACCAAGCGCGUGUUGGAUUCAGAGCGCUGCUACGCGGAGUAUGACAAGGCCUACCUGGAAAGCCUCUGCCUCACCUCUCUGCGCAGGUAUCUGGAGCUGGGAAGCCAGAUCCUCACCCGGAGAGAGCCACCCACAGUGCAGGUGACAAGGCAUCCAAUCCAGGACAGGGGUGCCACACUGAGGUGCUGGGCCCUGGGCUUCUACCCGAAGGGUAUCUCACUGAGCUGGUGGCUGGGUGAGAAGGAGCUGGCCCUGGAGACUGAGUACGUGGAGACACGCCCCAGCGGGGACGGCACCUACCAGACAUGGGCUGCUGUACAGGUGCCAGCCGGGGAGGAGGCUGCGUACACCUGCCAUGUGCAGCACUCUGGCCUGAACCACGUGCUCACCGUGGCUUGGGAACCGCCCUCUAGUCAAGGACUCAUUGCCAUGGUUACCUGCCCCCUCCUCUUCUUGCUCGUGGUGGGAGUUGUGAUCUUGACCAGGAGAUACCUUCAAGGCAGGAAUAAGGAACCUUAUGAGCAAGCACCAGGUGACUGUGCGGUGGCGGGUUGGGGAGAGGAGGCCCCAGGUGUUCCCAAGUGCUGCUGGGUGCCACAGAAUCCACGGAGGCAGAGCACUGAGGCAGGGGACUUCCCUGGCUUUGGCUCACUGCACUCGCCAGCAGGCCUGGAACCAGGUGGAGAGGAACCCCUAUAAUUCCCAAAGCCCAGUGAGGACAGCGGCUGCUCAGCUGCUCUGCUGACAGAAGUUCACUGUCACAGAUGAAGGACUUGUUCUGGGCUGUGUGCAGGGGCGUGGGAGCCCCCUGCCCUGGCUGGCUGGCUGGCUGGCUGGCAGAUGUUCUCUGAACAUAUGGGGCCUACCCCGCCCCGAAACUGAGCACUCCUCACCCUCAUUACCCUCUUUAAAAGCAGUGUGUGCCAUUCAGAUGACUUUGCUAUCUUCCUGAAGUCCUUUAAAAAAUGUGACUGUUUCCUGUUUGGGGAGAGGGCAGUGUUAAUUCCUCUGAGCUUUCACAGUUGACAGUUUGUGGGACAACUUCAUGUGCAAUGUGACUCUUACUGAAGCCUCUCAGGCACCCUGUCUUUCCCAACACAGGUGUGUGUGGUAUGGCUGCAGGUGAGUGUGGUGUGAGGGUGUCCUUGUGUACCUGGAAGGGGCUUACAGGGACAAGCGGUGGGAGGGGAAACAACCCAGUCCCUAUUUUCCUUCCUGUUCUUUUCAGUGGUUUGGAUUUUUACAAUAAGCACACGCGAUUUUACCAUAAUGUUCCCACGUUAUGAUGUAAGGUGUCUAAACACAGAAGACUUCAUUCCACUCAUUAUUCCAUUUCCUCCUUACAUUUUAAAAGCUCCCCCCACCCCACCCCCGCCGCCAUAUCUAGCUUGGGGAUAAAACAGUGCAAGGGUGUUGUUUAAAAAGCUAGCAUUGUGUUGAAUCUUUUAUACCACCCAGGAAAAAAAAUUUAGGUUUAACUGUGAAUGGUUACCGCAACACCUGAAUAAAGUUUUGCCUUCCAAAAUUA